AUGGCACAUAAUGCAGAAGAUUACUAUGACAUGCCUGUCGAGAUGCUGCCGUCCGCAAACUUCGCAGGCCGCCCUACGAGCGACAUCAGCAUAGGCAUGUACGACGGACUCUGGGAUUUGGUGUUCUCACCCUCCUCUUAUUCGUCCGAAGACGAAGCCGCAGAAGAAGGCAAUGAAGCCGCUCUACGACUACGAACCCCACCGAGAUCACCUCCUUCGCCAACGCAAUUAGAGUCGCCAGUAAGACCAACAAUCAGAGUAACGUCACCGACGCUCAGAGAUGAGGGGAGGCUAUGGAGAGAAAGCUGGGCCAACGAUGAGAGCAUGGUAGAUCGGCCACGAUUGAGGAAGAAGUCCCAGACAGCACCUCCCGGCGGCUUUGAAGCACAGGCUACACCACCCCUGGAGCCACGGCGAGCGAUCAGUGUAAGGUUGAGCUACUCGAACACAAUAAGGAGAAGGCGGCCGAAAUCGGAUGAGGGGGUUGCGAACUGUUUGGACACCAAGAAGGUCUCCAGGGACGGGCGAUUGGGACCACGCAAGGCAUUGCCGAAACCACCAUCAAGCCAGGAUAACGAGGCGACACCUCAUCGUACGACGCGUGCUCUCGGCUUCUUUCCCGAGAAAUCACGAGGGCAGGAGACUGUGAAACACAAGCAGCUUGGGACGCUAAACACUCUGAACACUGCUUUGGCGGACUUUGAGUCGAAGAGAUUACCCACCUCGCCCAGCUCGAUGUUAGAGACACCACGAGAAUGUUACGCAACACCACCAGAGCGGCUUGGGACAAGUGAAACCUCAGGUAGCCCACGCUCAUCUCGCUCAUGGGGUCGGAAGUCAGUCCGGUCUGUCAGACCUGUUGCUCAUACAACCCACUCGCCCUCCUCCGCACGGCCAAACGUAGAAGCCCACCAUACGCUAAAGCGCAAACACCAACGUGGAGAUGUUGACGCGGCUGAACGGCGGAGAGUUUAUCUACCCGGGGCCAUCAUGCUGGCAGAGUAUCCAGCUAAGCUUCGCAGAGAUUCUGUCGCAACGCUUGACCCAUUUACGUUUGACCCCAAACUAGACUCGCCAGGAAGGCGAACAUCGGAUUCCGCAGGGCUGGACAGUAUAGUAAUCUUUUUCGAGGAGUUUGGUGUGGUCGCAAAGGUUACUGAAGCCACCUUGGACCAGUAUUGGCUACGACAAAGUCUAAAGAUGAGCGACGCCAUGGAUGAAGAGAUGGAGGACUUUGUCGCCCGCAAGGCAAGCGUAUCAAGCGUGAGGGAGGUAGGGCCAAUGGGUCCCCGUGUCACACAAGGUCCUCCCGGGUUGAAGUCCUCGUUCUCGUCCGCGUCAUCUGUGGUUUCUAUGCACCCACCAGAAAAACGUAAGCGGAGCAGGCUGCGAGGACUGCUAUCACCAGGCCUUCCUGGCGCAGCCUUUCUCAAGUCCCCUGCAGGCCGCGGACAGCAGAUGGAAAGUUCAUGA